UUUUAUUUCAUAUUCCUUGAAAAAAUUGUUCUGAUUCAUUGCUCACAUUGAUGACACUUACACUUGAUCUCAUAUAUGACCAAUUUUAAUAAAAAUUGCAGGAAGCUAUUAAUUUGCAUUUGCAAUGUAGGUAUGAAAAAGGUUUCAACGAAUUAGUUAUAUCCCACGGAAUUUCAAAAUAAAAAUGGUAUCUAAAAAACUAAUGAUGAUUUAAUAGUAUGCUUGAACUUUUCCUAUAAAUCAUGGAUCGAAAGAAUAUUUGUAUCAGUGAAAUUGCUGUGGUGAAAUGAAGGUUAUAAUUUUUAUAUCAAUUUUUGGGGUGGCUUUCGCUAAUCUUGUAGAAAAUGGAUUGGAUAACAAGGAAAACCUAACAGCAGUGCAAGAAGCGUUCAUAAACCACGGAAUAGACACAAAGUUGCCACAUCUACCACCAAACAAACUCAUCGUGCAUUAUGAUACAGACACCAAAGUAAAUUUGGGAACGGAAUUGAGCUUUGAUAAGGUUCUCAAAGCUCCAAAUGUGAUCUUUGAGGCGGAACCUGAAGCGCAUUACACUCUGAUUAUGAUCGACGUAGAUUCCCCAACCAGGGAAAAACCGUUUUUCGGGGAACUACUGAUUUGGAAAGUGGUGAACAUCCCUGGAUCGAAAUUACAGAAAGGAGAGACUAUUGCUGAGUAUUCUGCGCACGCGCCUUGGAAAAAAGGUAGCUCGCACAGAUAUGUAGUACUUUUGUUCAAGCAACAUCAGAAGCAGGUUUUCAGCGAUAGAUUCCAAUCAGCCUUUCACAGUUUUCACCACAGAAUAGGAUUUUCAUCAGUGAAAUUCUCCAUGAAGUACAGACUUGGCAGGCCUAUCGCUGGGAAUUUUUUCCAGUUGAAGCACGACGAUAGUUUCAGAAAUGAACUUUUAAGGCAUCAUCACUAAGCAAUAGUAGUGACAAUCUUAUUUUCUAUGUAGUUUGAUUAGAUUAAAAUAUACUGAAUUGAAA